GGCUCUUUGUUUGAGGGCAGCAAGAGAAAACCCAAGAAAAUGGCGGCAGAAACCCUACAGAAACACAAAAGCAGCCGAAGCAACCUAUGAGAAAUGGCAGAUCAGGAGUAAGAAAAAAACUGAAAAGCAACAACCUUCUUGGCUCUUUCAUUGUUUUCCGACAGAUUUCACAAGCAAACAAGCCACCAAAUCACACAACACUUUCUGUCUUUGUUUGACAAAGCAAGAAAAGACCCACAAACAAACAUCCCACUGCAAAAUCACAGCAAAAAAAAAAAAAAAAAACAGACGGACCAGGCUGAAGGUUGCAGAAGAAGCAGAAAGAGCACUCCAGGAGACUUCAUCAAAGGUCGGAACCCUCCCCAAACUACCAACAGAGGCUGAUGGAACGAGUUCGUUGUGCUCUACAAAAUGAGAUCCAUUUUUUAUAUUAUUUUUAGAAAAAACUUUUCUUGCCUCUCGGUACCAACUGCAUACCAUAUGGUAUUUUCUUCGUUUUUAAUUUGUUUUUGAAAACGUUUGCACAGAAAGAACGAGUUCAUCAUGAUCUAUUGAAUCUACAAAUUUCUAGUUCAUCAUUUUUAUUUUCCUUAGCUUUCUUAAUCGGCUCAUAUAUUCUUCAUUUUAACUCGGAUUUUAAUUUUUUUUUUUGAACAGAUGGAACGAGUUCGUUGUGCUCUACAAAAUGAGAUCCAUUUUCUAUAUUUGUUUAGAAAAAAAAUUUCUUGCCUCUCGGUACCAACUGCAUACCAUAUGGUAUUUUCUUCGUUUUUAAUUCGUUUUUGAAAACGUUUGCACAGAAGGCGAGUUCAUCAUGAUCUAUUGAAUCUACAAAUUUCUAGGUGAACAAAUAACAGGACCAAAAAAUACCAAACAAUACCAUACGUUACCACCCUAAUACGGGGUUGUAUCUUGUGGUAAGUCGUAAAUGACAGUUAAUAUACUUCUACUAUCACGUAUUCAACCAUCUCACAGUCUUGGUUUGUUCAUACCGCAAUGACACUCUUUUCAAACCAUAGGUAUGCUCUUAUUUCAAUACCAGUCAAUACCAUAUGGUACAGACUGGUAAAAAAUGGUUCAAUUUUUUUUGUUCGAAAAAUAUAUCAAAGUGGAUAUCAUUUUGAAGAGCACAAUUAAUCUGAUCUAACUGUGUAAAAAAAAAUUAAAUUUCGACUUAAAACGAGUGAGAAAACGUCUGUAAAAAAUUAAGUAAUUAAAGGCUUUUCAGGAGAGAGAUGAUGAUGUCAUGCUGAUGUGGACGAAUUACUCAUGGUUACUCACCAUAAGGUUACUGACCUGAUCCGUUCCCGUCAAUAGACCAUAAUGGUUUGUUCGUGUCAAGAUACGUGUUUGGUUUCCUAUUUAUAAAAAUUGUUCGUUUCGAACAAUUUUUAUAAAUAGGAAACCAAACACGUAUCUUGACACGAACAAACUAUGUGUACUUUGAUCUCGAUUACUCGGGUACGUAGGCAACCUAUUACUUUUGAGGUUUUGCAUCAAGAUAAUAAAAAUAAUAGUCGAUGAUUUGAAUUCGCCGAAGUACAACAUAGUACAUCCAACGAUGAGAUCAUUUGAAGUAGGGGGUGAUAGUUGGGUCGGUUAGCGGUUAAAUAUAAACCGAUAAUGCGGUUAGUGAUUACCUGCCAACUAAAAUAAUCAUUAAUGUUAACUGACUCGUCAAGGCUUAGCGAGUAAUUGUUAAUCUCCCAUGAGGUUAACUGUAUUUUAGCGGUAACCCGCCUGAACGAGAGAGCGGUAGUAGGUUUGCGAAUGGGGCAAAAGGCAAUGGGCAGAAUUAUUUUUUUAGAGAAUGUAAAAAAGAAAAGUGAUGAACAUGAUAAAUCCUAGCCACACGCUCCCUUCAUUUCUUCACUCUCGUCUUCUCGCCUCUCUCUUUUCUUCUUUACAGAUAAAAGAAUGAAUCAACUCCCCUGUGAACUAACGAACAAAGAAAACAAAAUCCUAAUUCUCCUUCACUCUCUUCUCCAUCCAAGUAAAACAAUAGAGGAGGGCUUACACCGGCCUCAACAUUGAGGCCGAUCAUCAUCUCUUCUCUCUCUCUCAUCCUCCCUUUGAUCUAAUGGGGAAGCCACCAGAGAGGGUUAUUAGCAUGACGACCAUGGAUUCAUGGUUCGUAGCACAACCUCUAUGAACGAUCUCCGUUCUUCAUUUGAGCUGAGAAGACGAGGAGAUUGGAGUCAGUGAUUGCAGAGUGGUCUGGGGGAAGCUGUUUCUUUUAUUGAGUGUGACAUUUUGCCUAUUUUGAGUGGUUAACAAUUCCUAUUAGUUAUUAGUAGAUUAACCACUAACUGUCAAUUAUUAACCGUUUAUGACUUGAUAACUCGAUAAGAGAUUUUGAGCUUUUGUUAAACGACCCACAUUCUUCUUAGCGGUUAACAAUUUAAUGAUGCGGUUAGGGAUUAAACCGUUAAAGACAUAACUAUUUAUCACUCUAAUUUGACGUAUGAUAUAUUCUAGGAGUGUGCCACUAAUAUCAUGUUUAUUAAUUUUUUAGUUAUAUAUUUUUUUGCAUCCUUAGAAUAAUGCAUUAAAUAACUCAUAUACGCAUACCAAAAAUCCUUCUUGUCUCCCCGCAUUCAUAUUUGGAGACCUUACUGUAAAAAAAACUUCUCGUUUUGGUAUUGAACUUAUUUUUUUCAAGAAUUGGAAUUGAAAAUUUUGUCAAACACUUCUUUUAAUUUUUUUUGUCAAACACCUAAACACAGACACAUACUUAUUUAAUAUUUUAUGACAGUACCUAGGACAUGGUUGGACACUAGAGGAAGCUUUUCAGUGUACAACAUUUCAUCGAGAAAAUGAAUUCUCGUCGUCGGUUAAAGUAGCAAGUGAUGGUGCAGGAGAAAGAAAAGAUGUUGCCGAAAAUGGAUUGACUACGACGAAGGUGGAAAAAAAGCCAACAAUUAAAUCAGUCGAGCAGAGAGAAAAGCGGAGAGACGUCUCUGGCUUAGAAAGUUGAGGUGAAUCUCCCAAAAAAAGGAGAGAUAUCAUAAAAUUUGUAUACCAAAUAGGCUAACUACCCGCCAUUUGAAAGUGACAUUGAUCUCUCCUUCCCUCUUCCCUUUUUCCUAAAACCACGACCCCUUCUUCUCCUUCUCCCUCCUAUGUUCUAACUGCUCUCCAACCCAAUUACAAUGGUGGCUCUGUCGAGACUCUCAGCCCCUCGAUCACCCUCCUAUCUCCUCCCUUCCCUACUCGCUUUAGCCCUCUUCACCCUCCUUUUCCUGUACAAGGUAGAUGACUUCGUGACGAGCACCAAAACGAUGGCAGGCCACAACCUGGAGCCGACCCCAUGGCACAUUUUUCCAGCCAAGAGCUUCGAUGACGAAACCCGCCAGUCCCGAGCAUACAAGAUUAUUCAGUGCUCCUACCUUAGUUGUCCCUAUUUCAAUAGAAGCAUAAUGAAGCGACCUCGUUUCCAGACCAACAAACUUGCAGCACAGUGUCCCGAGUUUUUCAGUCACAUACACCGGGAUCUGGCCCCUUGGGUCAAGUCCGGGAUAACGGAGAAUCAGGUCAUGGAGGCCAAGAACUUUGCGGCGUUUCGAAUUGUAAUCUUCCAGGGGAGGCUCUAUUUGGAUCCUUACUAUGCUUGCUUCCAGAGUCGAAUGAUGGUGACGAUAUGGGGAUUCAUACAACUAUUGCGGAAGUAUCCUGGCAUGGUUCCUGAUGUUGAUCUAAUGUUUGAUUGCAUGGACAAGCCUAUUCUCAACCGGACCGAACGUCAAUCCAACCCUGUGCCUCUUUUUCGGUAUUGCACCACCCGUGAGCAUUUCGACAUUCCUUUCCCUGAUUGGUCCUUCUGGGGUUGGUCGGAGAUUAAUAUCAAGCCAUGGAGCGAGGAAUUCCCUGACAUUAAAAAGGGUUCUCAAGCUAAACGAUGGGCAGCAAAGCAGCCUCGUGCAUUUUGGAAGGGAAAUCCAGACGUUGUUUCCCCUGUUCGUCUAGAGUUGUUGCAAUGCAAUGACUCCCGGAAAUGGGGAGCACAAAUUAUGCGACAGGAUUGGGUGCAAGAGGCAAGAGAAGGUUUCGAGGCCUCCAAGCUAUCAAAUCAGUGCACCUAUCGGUGAGUGGGCUUUAGUUGAUUACUAGAAUCAAUACUCGCGGCUACGCCGCGAGAAAUAUAUGGACAUUAAUGGCUACAGCUUUGAAAAUAUUUAGGCAACGACAUAUCUUAUUGUGUUCACAUGUUUAGUAUCUUUUAA